GAAAAAGAGUCAAGCAGGCAGUGUGUGAAAAAUUUAGCAAAAAUGUGGUAUUUAUUUAAAUAAAUUUAUUAAAUAGCUGCAGCGUAAAGCGUUAGGCAAGAAAAUUGUAUAAAUUUAAGCGCACAAGAAACCCAAAGCAAUGAAUUAGCUUCCGUAAGAAAAGACUUAGAGCGUCGCUGUGCUGCAAACACACUUGACAAAAAUUUUGAGGACGGCCCGAACGAAGCCCACAGAGCAAAGCAAAGCAGAUGACAGAUGCAAAAUUGUGUGCGACGUGCGAAUUUGAUGUGAAAUUUGUAGAAGAUAAAGAUAAGCAACGGUUAAAGGGGCGCUGCUGCAAACAAUUCUAAUUAUACAACAGCGCAACUGAAAGUGUGUGCCCCCAACCCUCUCUCCAUCUGAAUAUAAGCCAAGAACGAAACUAGUUAUACACACAGCGGCCUUAAAACGGCACGGGGCACGGUACAGGUAACGGGAGCAGCAGCAGUAGCAGCGGCAUCAGCAACGGCAGCAGCAGCAGUAGCAACAGCAACGACGACGACGACGCAGACGAAAGGCAAAUCGGCGCAGCGGAGUGCGAGGCCACUGGCAAUGGAUAAAAUCAAACUAAAGGUGAUUGGCGUGCUGCGCGAGCGCGACGGCGGCACGAAUGUAAAUCGCAGCAGCACGGGCAUUUCAACGGCAGGCGGCAUUGUGGGCAGUCAUCAGGUGGGCAGCUUGGGCGUGGCCGUCACUAUUGGGGUCACAGGGCAGGACAAUGGCAAUGCCAACGGCAGCAGCGACAAUAAUCAUCUGAAUGGCCACGCCCCGAACAACGAUGCUGCGGCGAGUGCGUCAAAUGAAACUGGUGCAGUCGCUGGCGUGGGCGCUGUCAAUGGCAACGGCACAACGGGCGCUAGCGGAGCAGCACGCACCUCGGUGCUGUCACGGCCGCAGACUUCCAAAAUCAGCGCACUGGAUUUGGCGGGCAUAUUGAAUACGCGUCGCCGCCUGGAAUGGACCAAGGAAUGGCUGCGCAAGAACCAAGCGGAAUUCCUAAGCAAAGAGAAUCUAUUGAAUGAGCUGCAGUCGCGCAAGGAUGAGUGCUACCAUUUGAAUUACUUCCUAGCCAUAACGGAGAGUCAGUUUCGGCAUCUGGUGCAGAAGCUGGAGCCGAUUAUAAGUCAAUAUGCGCCGCAGCGCAAAAAGAAAUCGUUUAGCGCCGAGGAGAGAUUGGCCAUAACGCUCAAGUAUUUGGCAACGGGUGAAGUGCAUUCUUGUCGUAACUACUGCUUCCGUGCCUCGAAAUUUGUGAUAAACGAAAUGAUUGCCAAUAUCUGUUUGGGCUUCUACGAGCAUCUCAAGGACCAAUACGUGACACUACCAAAGACUGAUGAACAGUGGCUCGCCUGCGCCACCGAUAUGGAGCGCAAACACCAACUGCCCAUGUGCGUGGGCAAUCUAUUUAUGCGCAGCAUACAACUCCAGCAUACGGCCAACAAUACGGAUGAACGCAAGCGUGCCAAUGGCGGCAACAGCAAUUCCAAUUCAAUUUCUGCUGCCGCAAACAGUGGAACGGGCAUUAUCUUCACAGCCAUCGUUGAUGCCGACAACAACUUCCAGCAUGUGCAGGUGGAGCAUGCCACACACAGCACACGCGCCACAGAGCUCUACACACAGUCCACUGCCAGGCUGGCCAUCGAGCAGAAGCUGCACACGCUCAAGUCACAGACGGAGCAGCGCAAGGGCGGCGGCGGCGGCUUCUAUCUAGCGGCAGAUGCAGUGCUGCCCAGCAGCAGCUACGUGGUCAGCACGCGGAAUAUGCCCAAGGAUACGGCUACCUAUGCAGCGCUGGAGCAAAUCAAUGCGCAUGCGGAUCAAACAAUGCGCAUUCUAUGCAACAUGUUUCCCAUUUUGGCGCAACCGCUGCGUGUGAGUGAAAAGCACAUUGGCGAGGUCGUGCUCGGCUGUGUGGCGCUCUACAAUUUUCUGCGCAAGACGGACACAUCGUUUCGUAGGAAUAGCGACAGCAUAGUGCAGCAACGUGCUGGUCUGGAGCAGCCACAGCCAGCUUAUGUGGAUAGCGAGGAUAUUGAUGAUGAUUGCAUUAUGCUCGCCACGGAGGAAGAGUUGCGUGAACGUGCCGAGUUUACGCCAAGUGUGGGCUUAACCAGCUGCUUUCAAAGCUUGCACGCGCAGUCGGGUGACACGCCCGAGGGACAUGCCAAACGGGAUUGGCUGCUGCAGCUACAGCAACAGCAGCAGCAGCAACAACAACAACAGCAGCAGCAGCAGCUACAACAACAACAGCAACAGUUGUCGUCGCAGCAGCAACCAUUUGUCAAUGGGGGUUUAUAUUAGUGCAAUUUGUUUAUAAGUUUAACUUUACGAAUUUUUUUUCUGUGUAUAGUUCCUUGUUUUCUCUAAUUCUCUACUACUAUAUGAUGUAUAUUUUCCAAUA